CUCGACGUGAAAUCCAGCGUUGUGAUUGGCUAAACGGGACGUCAAUCUAGGACCUGGAGUGGUGGGUUGCUGUGGCCUGCAGGAACCGUCAACACAGACGAGUUUCGAAGGUUUACCCGAUUUAAACCCUCGUAUUAGAUUUAGGAUGUCCAAGUUCUCACUCCUUCUGUUGAGGCAUGGAGAGGGUGCCUGGAACAAAGAGAACCGUUUCUGCAGCUGGGUGGACCAGAAGCUGAGUGGAGAUGGGGUGAAGGAGGCCCAGGACUGUGGCAGGCUAUUGAAGGAGCAAGGCUACCAGUUUGACAUGGUGUUCACCUCUUUACUCAGCCGCUCCAUCCAGACAGCAUGGGUGGUGCUGGAGGCCAUGGGGCAGGAGUGGGUUCCAUUGGUCAAAUCUUGGAGACUCAAUGAACGCCACUACGGAGCCCUCAUCGGAGUCAACCGGGCUGAGAUGGCUCAGAAACACGGAGAAGAGAAGGUGAAGUUGUGGAGAAGGAGCUAUGAUCUCACUCCACCUCCCAUUGAGGAAUCCCACCCUUACUUCCUGGAGAUCUACAACGACCGCAGAUACUCCACCUGUGAUGUCCCAAUUGACAAACUUCCAAGAUCCGAGAGCCUAAAAGAGGUGUUGGACAGGCUGUUGCCAUAUUGGAAUAGCGCUAUUGCCCCGGAGAUAAGAAAAGGCAAGACGGUACUCAUAUCUGCUCAUGGAAACAGCUGCAGGGCACUGCUGAAACAUCUGGAAGGUAUAUCAGAUGAGGACAUCGCCAAAGUGACCUUACCCACAGGGGUACCAGUGCUGCUGGAGCUGGACGAGGACCUCCGAACUGUGAGACCCCGCCUGCUGCUGGGAGACCAGGCGGAGAUCCAGGCAGCCAUUAAAAAGGUGGAGGACCAGGGAAAAGCCAAACUGUCAAACUGAACACAUAAAUGUUACUCACCGUUUAGCCAAAACUCUAAACAAUAUUUAAAAAACUUGAAAGAAGGAUAAAGUAACAGUAGGACUGAGGUGGAAGGAUUAAAAGUGCAGGGGUGGGUCCCGGUAUGAAACUAUGACUUGACUGGGUUGGGGUGCAAAUAAUAGGUAAACAUUUAAGCUGCAGAUGUUUUAGCACUAUUAUCACUGUUUGUAUACAGUGAUGAACCCUUUAUUUAAGAGUGUUCCUACUUCUUCCUGUUAGUGAGUUAAGGAUUAUUUAUUUUCUCACCUCAGCUAACUCAUUUCAAGCUAAUUAGCUUGAAUUGCUAAGAACAUUUGAAGUAGUUUAAAAGGUGUAUGUUUAAAUCGUCUGUUACAUUUAUUUUUAAUGUCUGUCUUCAACUUUAAAUCAGUCAGUUUGUGCUGAGAGAAUGUUUAUUGCAAAAAAAAAAACGUCUUACAGCAUAGCAGGUGAAACCUGUUUUGUCAUCAUCCAAAGGACAAAAAUUUAAGUCAUCUGGCCUUAAAAAAAUCUAACUUCUUAGUUAAAAAAAAAGAUCAGGAAAUGAAUACAUAAAAAGCUGAACAGAUUUGUCUCUGUGAGCACCUGUGUUGCAUUUUGGGAGCCGAGCUUACACUACCUCCUCCUCCUCCUGGGUUUUACUCAGGAUUCAGUCAUUCUGUCUGUCUUUAAAAUACCGCAAACCAGAUCCAGCUCAUCUACACUUCUUUCCACAAACAAAUUACAUUUUGAUUAAAGAUGCCACAGUCUGUCAAUACUAAUACAGCUAAGUGAUUUAGAUUAUCAAACCUCUGUGGCAGAAUAAAGCUGGUAUUUGAUUCAACAAAAACACUGUUACUUUGUAGUAUUUCUUAAUCAUUGAGAUCCCCUUCUUUAUGCAUUAAAUUAGUUACAAAACGAACAAGCUGUGAAGAAAUGCUGCAUAUACAGAGCUUCAUCUGUAUCUGAGUUUCUGUUACAUAGGAAAUGUGUUUAUACUGUUCUAAAACACUGGGGAAAAAUGUAAAUAUGUUUCUGUUAUGCACUCAUGAUGGGUAUUACUUGAGAAUUAAAAGAAAUGUAAAUUAGUUCAUCUAUUUUGGUAAGUGUAGUUUUGUAAAAACAUUAAGUUAAAUGUUGAACUUCAGUGUAAUAAACUAAUUUAAAGGUGGGGUUUGGGGUUCAAUGUUACAAACUGCCAACGUUACAUCUAUUUUUUAUUUUAACUAUUUAAAAAAAAAUAGAUUAAUAUGUAAAGUCUUAUUGCUGGGCUGUAUGUUUGAUGUUUUUUUGUGAAAAACUGUGCCACUUCUUUUGUCACACCUCCAUCUGAACAUUGUCUAAGUUGUACACUCCUUUCUAUUAAAAAUAUAUAUAUAUAUAUAUUCGCAGGUUUAUAGAUGGGAACACUGAUAUAAUUUUUACUUAACGUCUUUUUUUGUCAUCAGUUUGGUUUUAUUGGAAAUAAACAGAAGUUUCUGGAAGUUG